GUAUAUUUACUAUUUUACCACAGCGUCAUUAAAGCACGUGAAAACUGUUUAUUAAAUUCGCAUUUUAACCUAACUCAGGAAGACGGUAAAUAUAAUAUCCUUCCUAAAAGCAUACUUUUAUUGAGAGAUUAAAUAUAGGUUGCCAUUACAAAUUCAGUUUUCGGUUAUUAAUAAAAAAAGUUAUUCAUUCGAACAAGAAGUAUGUCUUAUAAGGUUCAAAUUACUUUAAUCAGUAUUAAUUACUUAUUAUUGUCCCAUCUUCAAAAAACACCAAUUAAGUUAAACUAAUUGUGAUAUGAAAUUGGUGGAUAAUGACUAAGAGUAUUAGUGUAUAUACCAUCAUACAAUUAUGCAAUAUGCGUCCUGGAAGAAAUUAUUAAUCUUACCUUAUUGAGAAAAAUAGAAUGAAAUGGAUAUGUUCUUGAAAGUCUUCAUUUAGUCACGCAUGUGUAUAAAGAAUAAAUAAUGAGAAGAGGACUUGAGAGAUCCGAUAUCAAAAAUAUACAUUGUCAAGAUAACAAUUCUUAUCUAUAAUAUUUUCCAGAAAUGGGAAAAGUUAAGAAGACUAAAGACGAAGUUGAGGAAGCAGAUGACGGAGCAAACAAAGGAGAUCAAUUCAAAGAAUUACUGGAGAGAGUUAAUGCUAUUGCGAACCCUAUAGCAUCUAGAAAGCUUUCAAAAAGAAUACUCAAGAUAGUUAUUCUAGCUGGUGACGUGACGCCCAUCGACGUUAUCAGCCACUUUCCAGUUUUGUGCGAAGAAUCUGAAAUUCCAUAUUGCUACGUACCAUCUAAGGAGCACUUUGGACAAGCAGUAAAUUCGAAGAAAUGGGUACUGACCGCGAUGAUUACGAAAAAUAACGACUACGAAGAUUUGUAUAACCAGGUCUAUGAAGAAGUUGAUGCUUUACCUCUACCGAUUCAAUAG